AUGUCUUCCAACGAGGAACCAGUCGUCGCCUCUACUCCCAUGGAAGUCGAUGAGAAUGAGCCCCCUGCCACUCCAGUAGAGUCGAGCGUUUUCUCUGGGAGUGAAGAUCUGGUCAAAUCUAGCCCCGAGGUGUCCAGGGAAACCCCCACGGCCUCCCCGGGUAAGGCUAGCCCUGGUACAUCUACCACUGCAAAGCGUCCUGUGUCUGGAACAGCUAUCAAACGACCUACCUCAUCCUCCACAUCGAAAUCAAUCACCGGUACCACGCGCACUACUGGCCUUCUGAACAAGCCUCCCACUCGUCCUCCGACCACGACAUCCAUCCGAAAGCCGCUGAGUACCUCGACCUUUUCUUCUCCUUCGUCCCAUCGUUCUCGCAUGUCAAUCAGCAGCUCCGCAGAUGAGAAGCCCAGGUCUGUGGCAAGCUCGGGAGACGAGAAGCGAGGAAUCUCUGGCACUGCAAAGCGCAUGUCUAUGGCCGGCACCGCGUCCACCCGCGCUCCUCUAAGACCGACCUCGUCUUCUAUCGAUCGCAGAUCGAGUGUCGCCGGUCCCAUCACCGAGAAAAAGCCUGGCAUCACAACUACCCGCACCGCAACCUCAACAAGCAAGCCCGUGGGGAGGUUGACUUCAUCGACAGUGCCUGCCAGCCGAACUGCCACUUCCACAUCUACCACUAGACCAGCUACUGCUCGACCAAGCUCGACCACAAGCAGCGUCAGAUCAACCACAGCAGCAGACCCUAAGAGGCGAUUAAGUGUGGUUCCUGGAUCCACCCACCGUGUUGGGGAUUCCGAGAAGCUACACGCCCUUCAGGCGAAGCUCGCAGAGAGCGAGGAGACCGUAGCCAGUUUGAAGGCAGAGCUGGAGACCGUGAAUGAGAAGCUCAUCCAGCUUUCUAUCGCGGCUGAAGAGCCCUCCGGAGAUGCUGCCGCCGCUGAGGCCAUUCGUGCGGGUCAUACCGCUGAGAUCGAAAGGUUGACUUCAGCUCACGCUGAAGAACUUCAGGCUCUGCAAGCGCGACUUGACGAAGCCGAGUCACAGCGGAAAGAGUUGGAGGAGAGUUCUCAAAAGGAGCUCGAGGAAGCUAGACAAUCCGCUUCCGCGCAAGGGGAUGAUAAGACAGUUGCUCUCCUUGACGAGCUCAAGCUCUCACACCAGACCCAGCUCGAGGCCAUCGAAAAGGAGUUGGCAGAGCACAAGUCUACAGCCAGUCACUUUGAGGAGCAGAUCAUUGCUCUAAAGAAGGAACUUGAGUUCCAGAAGAUCUCCCUGGAGGAAGAGAAAGCGCUAGAUCUCGACCACUUCAACCGAGAACUCAAGGGUCGUGAUCAGGUUAUGGAGAACCUGAACACGGAAAUUGUCAAGCUGAACACCUUGAAGGAACAAGAGGUCCGUGCCGCGGAAGAGGCCGCACAACAGAGUGUCUCCGCUCUCCAAGAGCAGGUAGCCUCCCUCGAGACAAAGCUUGCUGCAGCUGAGUCUGCCACUCAGGAAAGCUCCGAGCAAACUUCUUCGAUCGCCGGGAAGGACCAAGAAAUUAACGACCUAAAGCAAGCACUUGAAAAGAUUCAGACCGAGCUCCAGGAAGCACGAGACGCUGCGGCUAUCGAAUUGACCUCUAAGGUUGAGGGGCUGGAAUCUGCUCAUGAAGCUGCUAUCGCAACCCUUAAGGCCGAGCACGAUACCGCUAUUAGUGAAAUCUCGGCUUCCCAUGUGGAGAAGCUGGCUGUUGCCACAGCGGCGGUGGAAUCAAGCGGCACAGAGCACUCGAAUCAACUCCAAGAGCUUCGCGAUGCGCUCGAAACAUCCAAAGCCACUGCCCAGCAGGGACAGGAAGACGCUGUUGCUGAACUUAAGGCUGCUCACGCGGUAGAGUUGAAGUCACUGCAAGAAAAGCUUGAGGCCUCCGAAGCCACUGCGCUUAAGGGACAGGAGGAUGAUGUUGCUGAACUCAAGGCUGCUCACGCGGCAGAGUUGAAGUCACUGGAAGAAAGGCUUGAGGCCUCCGAAGCCGCUGCGCUUAAGGGACAGGAGGAUGAUGUUGCCGAACUCAAGGCUGCUCACGAGGCAGAGUUGAAGUCACUGCAAGAAAAGCUCGAGGCCUCCGAAGCCACUGCGCUUAAGGGACAGGAGGAUGAUGUUGCCGAACUCAAGGCUGCUCACGCGGCAGAGUUGAAGUCGCUGCAAGAAAGGCUUGAGGCCUCCGAAGCCACUGCGCUUAAGGGACAGGAGGAUGAUAUCGCUGAACUUAGGGCUGCUCACGAGGCAGAGUUGAACUCACUGCAAGAAAAGCUUGAGGCUUCCGAAGCCACUGCGCUUAAGGGACAGGAUGAUGAUGUUGCUGAACUUAAGGCUGCUCACGAGGCAGAGCUCAAGUCACUGCAAGAUAAGCUUGACGCGUCCGUAGCUGCUGCUCAGAAGGAACAGGAGGAUGCCAUCGCUGAACUCAAGGGUGCUCAUGAAGCAGAGCUUAACUCACUACAAGACAAGCUCGACGCGUCCGUAGCCGCUGCUCAGAAGGAACAGGAGGAUGCCAUCGCUGAACUCAAGGGUGCUCAUGAAGCAGAGCUGAAGUCACUGCAAGAUAAGCUAGAGGCCUGCGAAGCCACUGCCCUUAAGAGUCAGGAAGAGGAUAUUGCUGAGCUCAAGUCUGCCCACGAAGCAGCACUGAAGUCACUGCAAGAAAAACUUGAAGCCUCCGAAGCCACUGCCCAUAAAGGGCAGGAGGAUGCCGUCUCUGAGCUCAAGGCUCACCACCAAGCCGAAUUGAAAUUGCUGCAGGAACAGCUCGAGGCUUCCGAAAAUGCUCUCGGUGAAUCACGCCGUGCGCUGGACGAAGGUAAUGCUUCUGCUCAAGAUCUUGCCGUCCAGGAGAUCGACGCUCUUCGACACAAGUGUGAAUCGCUGGAAUCACAGCUGUCCACUGGAACCGGAAAGAUCAACGCGCUGCUGGAAGAGAUGCAGAGCAAGCAAGCCGAAGCCGAAGCCAUCCACCGCAUCCUCCGUGAAGUGGAAGACCACUCCAAGGAAGAGGGCGUUCAGAAGGACAACAAGCUGAAGGCUCUCGAGCAGAAGGCCGCGGAGGCCACUCUUCUUCUAGAGCAACACACUUCACAGGCCGCUAGUGUGGCUGAGGAACACGCCCAGGCCCUGGAACAGUUGAAGGCUCAGCAUGCCGCUCAGCUUGCAUCCGAAGUGGAGAAGGGCAAAGAGACAUCGCGCUCCCACGAUACUGCUCUAUGCGAUCUUCAGUCGAAAUAUGAUGAGCUACUUUCCCUUAACAAGGAAUUGAAGUCUACCCAUGCCUCCCAGGUUGAUGUGCUUGAGGCUGAGUUGAAGUCGGUGCUUGAAAACCACGCCAGUGAGAUUGUAGCUCAGACCGAGGCUCGCGAGAAAGAGGCCGCCGAACUCCAAAAGCAAUUUGAGGAGUCCCAGGAGAAAUUGCACGCCGAACUUGCUACUUUGCAGAGCUCUAGCAAGGCUGCUGCCGAGCUUCACGAAAAGCAGAUCUCGGAACUACAGAAUGGCUUUGCAGAGACCAAAGCUCAGCUACAGGCUGAGAUUGAGGCGGCCAAAACCUCACAGGCUGCUGAAGUCGAUGCUGAGCACAGCAAGGCAAUCGCCGAAUUGCAACAGGGCUUUGAAGAGACCAAAGCCCAGCUGAGGGCUGACAUCGAGGCCGCUCAAAAUUCUAAGGCUGCUGAAGAUGAUGCUGAGCACGGCAAGGCAAUUGAGCAGCUUCUCACCAUGCAUGAGUCUAAGCUCUCUGCCCUCCGGGAGCAGCUUGAGGCUUCCAACAAGACCAAAAUCGAUGCUCUCCAGAAGGCCCACGAUGAAGCCCUGGCUAGUGCCAACGACCAAUUGUCUCAUGCCAAGGCUGCCGCCGAAGACACCUCUGCUCUGGAUAGUUUAAAUGCCCUAGUCGCUGAUCUCCAGGCCAAGCUUGCUGAUUCCGAGAAAGCUCAUCUUGCUGCACAGGAAGCUGCCGCCUCUGCUUCCAAGGAAAUCGAAAAUCACAUGUCCGCCGAACUUACCAAGAUCCAGGCUGACCAUGCUACCCUUGGAGAGAAGUAUCAAGCAGUCGUUGCGCAAGUUGGAGAGCUCGAGAAGGCUGCCAUGGAUUCAGAUAGCCAAAAGUCACACUUGGAGUCCAUCAUGAAGCAGCUCUCUGAGUCACGGGACCAAAUUCUCAAGGUGAAGGCUGACAACGCCGCCAUUUCAGACUCGCUCGUUGAUUGCAAAAACCAAAACAAGACUUUAUCGGAGAAGCUAGAAGCAGGUGAACGAGAUUUGAACGACCAGAUUGACAAGAACAUGAGUCUCCUCAAUCAGCUGGGUGAUGUAGAUUCCGACAUUUCAGCCAGUCGACGACGGGUCCGCGAACUUGAAACUGAACUCGCUGUCCUGAAGGCGGACGGUGGCGAUAAGAGCAGCUCAUCGGGCUUGGAGGCUAGCCGAUGGGCGACAGCCGAUGAGGGAAGCGAGAACGCUGAAGAUGGGGGUCCAGCCACAACGGAAGGUGAGGACCUAGGCCCAUCCAUUGAGGGAACGAUGGCAAGCCUUCAGGAACAGCUUAAGCACAUUCGAACGGCUAAUGAUGAUUGGUACAGUGAGCAUCACAGACUGAUUGCCGAGCUUGCGCUUGUUUCUCGUCAAUCCCUUGCUUCUGGCAGCCCGACUACACCCAAAGAGGUCCCCACGCCUGCCCCCGAGCCAGAACCCGCUCGCACCCGCGCAGCGACAGUCUCAUUUUUCGGUAAACGCUGA